AUGGACCCAUCUGAUCCCGAUUUCGAAUACCUUGGUGUGGACCGCAAGGCUCUCUUAAAGGAAGCCGAGGCUGGAAGCUUCGAUUCCAAGAGCGUUGCUUGGGUGGAAGAUGAAAAAGAAGGCUACGUGAUGGCCGAUGUUGUGGAGACUAGCGGCGAUACGGUCACGGUCAGGCUUAAGGAUGGAGAUAAGAUCAAGAAAGACGACAUCCAACAGGUGAAUCCGCCCAAAUUCAUCAUGGCGGAGGAUAUGGCUGACCUGACGUACCUCAAUGAUGCCUCUGUGCUGGAGAAUCUGCGUACUCGUUACUACCACAAGCUUAUCUACACGUACUCCGGUCUCUUCUGUGUUGCCGUUAAUCCCUACAAGCGGUACCCAAUUUACUCCUACGAGGUUGCCAUGAAGUACAAGGGAAAGAGGCGUGCUGAGAUGCCGCCUCAUCUCUUCUCCAUCGCUGACAACGCCUACCACAGCAUGUUGGCGGAUCGUGAGAAUCAGUCCAUUCUGAUUACAGGCGAAUCUGGUGCCGGUAAGACGGAGAACACGAAGAAGGUUAUUUCGUACUUUGCCUUUGUUACUGCCAACCCUGCAAAGAAGGGUGAGGAUGUGGAAAAGAAGGGUAGCUUGGAAGACCAAAUUGUACAGGCUAACCCUCUGCUGGAAGCCUAUGGUAACGCUAAGACCAACCGAAAUAACAACAGUUCCCGAUUCGGUAAAUUCAUUCGUAUCCAUUUCGGCACAACGGGAAAAAUUGCUGGAGCUGACAUUGAGUUCUAUUUGCUGGAGAAGUCUCGUGUCACCUCACAAAUGAAGGGAGAGCGUAACUUCCACAUCUUCUACCAACUGCUCUCCGACUACGACAAGCUUCUGGUUGCCGCCGAUCCUGCCCUCUACUCCUUCAUCAAUCAAGGUGAACUUACUAUCGACGGUGUGGACGACGCAGAGGAGAUGAAACUGACUGAUGACGCUAUUGACAUUCUCGGUUUCUCCAACGAUGAGAGGAUGUCGCUGUUCAAAUGCACCACCUCAGUUGUCAACAUGGGUGAAAUGAAAUUCAAACAGCGUCCACGUGAAGAACAAGCUGAAGCUGAUGGCACAGCAGAGGCUGAAAAGGUUGCCUUCCUGUUGGGAGUCAAUGCCAAAGACCUACUCAACUCCUUCCUCAAACCGAAGGUCAAGGUGGGCAAUGAGAUGGUGACCAAGGGUCAAAAUUUGGACCAAGUCAACUUUGCCGUCAACGCGUUGGCUAAGUCUCUCUACUCACGACUCUUCACUUGGCUGGUCGGUCGUGUCAACAAGACUCUGGACACUAAAGUGAAACGCCAAUACUUCAUUGGUGUGCUGGAUAUCGCCGGUUUUGAGAUCUUUGAAGAAAACGGUUUCGAACAAAUCUGCAUCAACUACACAAAUGAGCGUCUACAGCAAUUCUUCAACCACCACAUGUUCGUUCAGGAACAGGAGGAAUACAGGAAGGAGAAUAUUGAGUGGACCUUCAUCGACUUUGGCAUGGAUCUGCAGGCUUGUAUUGAUCUCAUUGAGAAGCCCAUGGGUAUCAUGUCAAUCUUGGAGGAGGAGUGCAUGUUCCCCAAGGCUACAGACCAGACCUUCAAGCAGAAACUGUACGACAACCAUCUUGGCAAGAGCCCGAACUUCGCAAAGCCCAAACCUCCCAAGGCUGGACAGAGGGAAGCUCACUUUGAGCUUCAUCACUAUGCUGGUUCUGUGCCCUACAACAUAACCGGAUGGUUGGACAAGAACAAGGAUCCACUGAACGAUACUGUGGUGAAUCUACUUCAGGAGUCCAAGGAAUCUCUUCAUGAUCUGGAUGAUGCAUGUUUAUCUGCUCGUCUGCAAGCAAAUGGUACGAGAAUUGGUCCUCUACGGGGAGAGUCUCUGAACAAACUGAUGAAGAAUUUGAUGAGCACAAGCCCCAGCUUCAUUCGUUGCAUUGUGCCCAACGAGUUCAAACAACCUGGUGUGAUCGAUGCUCACCUGGUGCUGCACCAGCUUCACUGCAACGGUGUGCUUGAAGGCAUCCGUAUUUGCCGCAAGGGUUUCCCCAACCGAAUGGUCUACUCCGAGUUCAAACAACGAUACUCCAUUCUGGCACCCAACGUUAUUCCUGCCGGAUUUGUGGAUGGAAAACAAGUGACUGAGAAGAUUCUCGAUGCCUGUCAGCUGUCUAAGGAUAGUUAUCAAUGCGGCAACACCAAAGUUUUCUUCAAGGCUGGAACUCUGGCCGAACUGGAAGAUAUGCGAGAUGAAAAGUUGAGCAAGAUUAUCUCCAACUUCCAGGCCCAAAUUCGAGGCUAUCUGAUGCUUGGGUUUUUGCUAAAGAAAGUUGUAAUGACUACCGCUCUUGCUCUAAUCCAACGCAAUAUUCGCAAGUACCUCAUGUUGCGUACAUGGCCAUGGUGGAGACUUUACACUAAGGUCAAGCCGAUGUUGAAUAUCGCUCGUCAGGAGGAGGAGAUGAGGAAGGCUGCUGAGGAGUUGGCGAAGAUGAAGGAGGAAUUCGAGAAACUUGAAAAACUGAAGAAGGAACUGGAGGAGCAAAAUGUAACCCUUCUUCAACAGAAGAAUGACAUCUUCCUCCAACUCCAGACCGAGCAGGAUAACUUGGCUGAUGCCGAGGAGAAGGUGUCUAAACUGAUCCUUCAAAAGGCUGACAUGGAACAGCAGAUUAAGGAACUGGAGGAACGCUUAAAUGAUGAGGAGGACGCCAAUAGGAAUCUCGAGGAGGCAAAGAAGAAGCUCGCUGCUGAGAUCGACGAGCUGAAGAAGGAUGUUGAAGAUUUGGAAAGCACUCUGCAGAAGGCUGAACAGGAGAAACAAGCCAAGGACAAUCAGAUUAAACAGCUUCAGAGCGAAAUGCAGCAGCAGGAGGAUAUGAUUGCUCGCCUGAACAAGGAGAAGAAGGCUCUCGAGGAACAAAACAAGCGCACCACUGAAGCCCUUCAAGCUGAGGAGGACAAAGUUAACCACCUUAACAAACUCAAGGCUAAGCUCGAAUCCACUCUUGACGAGAUGGAGGAGAACCUCGCUCGUGAGCAGAAGAUUCGUGGAGACGUUGAGAAGGCGAAGAGGAAGCUUGAAGGCGACCUCAAGUCCACUCAGGAAACUGUAGAUGACUUGGAGCGUGUCAAACGUGAUCUUGAGGAGCAGCUGCGCCGCAAGGAUGUCGAGAUUUCCAACAUGGGCAGCAAAAGCGAGGAGGAUCAAGGGUUGAUCAACCAACUCCAACGCAAAAUCAAAGAAUUGCAGGCUCGUAUUGCUGAACUCGAGGAGGACUUGGAGGCAGAACGUGCUGCUCGUAGCAAGGCGGAGAAGGCUCGCCAACAGCUGGAAGCCGAAUUGGACGAAGUCUCUGACCGUCUUGAAGAGCAAGGUGGUGCCACUGCUGCUCAAAUGGAUCUCAACAAGAAGCGUGAAGCUGAGUUGGUUAAACUGAAGCGUGAUCUUGAGGAGGCUCGCAUUCAGAAUGAACAACAAGUCCAGGCUUUGCGCAAGAAGCAAGCUGAUGCUGUAAACGAGAUCACUGACCAACUUGAUCAAGCCACCAAACUCAAGGCCAAGGUUGAGAAGGAGAAGGCCGACUUGAAGGCUGAGUGUGAUGACCUGCAAGUCCAGAUUGCCAACAUCACUAAGCAGAAGAUGAACGCGGAAAAGAACUGGAAGACCUGCGAGUCCCAACUUGCCGAAUUGCAGGCGAAAUUGGACGAUACCUCUCGUCAAGCCACCGACGCUGGCUCGCAGAAGGCUCGCCUCUCUCAAGACAUUACUGAACUGCAGCGCCAGUUGGAGGAGGCCGAGUCACAGAUUGGUCAACUGUCAAAGGCGAAGCAGCAGUUGGCUAGUCAGUUGGAGGAGGCCAGACGCAAUCUGGAUGAGGAAUCUCGGGUGAGUGAUAGAUUGCUGACCUCCGAGGUGCGCAAUCUAACCUCCGAUUUGGAUGCUCUCCGUGAGUCCCUUGAGGAAGAGCAGUCCGCCAAAUCUGACAUGCAACGCCAGAUUCAGAAACUGCAGUCUGAACUGGCUGCCGGUGUUGGCAAGGGUCAGGGUGACAUUAAGACUGAGGAGUUUGAGGAGAUGAAACGCCGUCUCACUGCAAAGUUGCAGGAGGCUGAAUCCGAUGCCGAGUCAGCGAAACAGAAGUGCAGUCAGUUGGAGAAGAUCAAGGCCAGAUUGCAGGGUGAGAUUGAAGAUCUCAUGGUUGAUGUGGAGCGCGCCAAUGGACUGGCCAGUCAGUUGGAGAAGAAGCAAAAGAACUUCGAUAAGACUCUGGGCGAAUGGCAGGCCAAAUAUGCCGAGUCUCAAGCUGAGUUGGAGAAUGCCCAACGUGAAGGGCGUGGCUACUCCACUGAUGUGUUCCGCUUGAAGGCCCAAUUGGAAGAGUCCAAUGACCAAAUUGAGGCCGUCAGGCGCGAGAACAAGAAUCUUUCUGACGAGAUCCACGACUUGACCGAACAGCUUGGAGAAGGUGGUCGCUCCGUGCACGAGGCUGAUAAGGCUCGCAAACGUCUUGAGAUGGAGAAGGAGGAACUUCAAGCAGCUCUGGAGGAAGCCGAAUCAGCCUUGGAACAGGAAGAGGCUAAGGUUCAACGUGCAGCUCUGGAACUUAGCCAAGUCCGCUCCGAAAUCGAUCGACGAUUGGCGGAGAAGGAAGAGGAAUUCGAGGCUACAAGAAAGAACCACCAACGCGCCAUUGAGUCAAUGCAGGCCUCUCUGGAAGCCGAGGUUAAGGGCAAGGCUGACGCAAUGCGUAUGAAGAAGAAGUUGGAGCAGGACAUUAACGAGUUGGAAGUUGCACUUGACUCUGCAAACCGCGGACGCGCUGAGAUGGAGAAGAAUGCCAAGAAGUUCCAACAACAAGUUCGUGAAAUGGAAAGUCAAAUGGAAGAAGACCAACAUGUUCGUGAGGAGCUUCGUGAGAACGCUUCGACUGCGGAGAGACGAGCCCAAAUGCUGGCUGGAGAACUUGAUGACCUCCGCACCCACCUCGAAGCCUCGGAGCGUGCUCGCAAAGCUGCUGAAAUGGAACGCGCUGAAGCCUCUGACCGUGCUUCGGAGUUGACGGCACAGAGCGCUUCCUUCGCUGCCAUGAAACGCAAAAUGGAGGCCGAUUUGGCUGCCAUGCAGGCCGAUCUAGAGGAGGCCGCAAACGAGGCCAAACAGGCGGACGAGAGGGCAAAGAAGGCAAUGGCCGACAGCGCUCGCGUCUUCGAGGAGGUUCGUCAAGAGCAGGAGCAUACUCAGCAUGUCGAGAAGGCUCGCAAACAGGCUGAGCAACAAGUGAAGGAGCUUCAAGUUCGUCUGGAGGAAGCUGAGGCUAACGCAAUGAAGGGUGGCAAGAAGGCUCUCGCCAAACUGGAACAACGUGUUCGCGAACUUGAGACCGAGUUGGACGCCGAACAACGUCGCCAUGGCGAGACUCAAAAGAACUACCGCAAGAUUGAUCGUCGUCUCAAGGAAGUCACCAUGCAGGCGGAUGAAGACAAGAAGAACUACGAUCGUCUACAAGAGUUGGUAGAUCAACUUCAAGGCAAGAUCAAAACGUACAAACGACAGGUGGAGGAGGCCGAGGAGAUUGCUGCAGUGAACCUCGCCAAAUAUCGCAAGAUUCAACACGAGGUGGAGGACGCUGAGGAGCGUGCUGAUCAAGCCGAGCAGGCAUUACAAAAAUUACGUGCCAAAAAUCGCUCCUCGGUCUCCAUGUCCCGUGGACCCAGCGCUACUCCGGCCGCAGCUCCUUCAUCCCGUUUCACCGUCUCCUUGAUUAAGUUGAUAUGCCUGCUUACGCAUCAGCUCCCUAAUCUGCCGCCUCCUUGA